GCAGGGCGCCGCUGAGCCCCACCGGGACCCGCCCCGGCCGCAUGCGCGGGGCCGCGGAGCCGCCGGGAGCGGGCGCGGAGCCCCGAGCCGCCUCCGCCGCCGGAGGGGAAGCGGCCAAGGACGCCCCGCGGGGCCCCGCCGCCGCCGACACCCCCAUGGGAUCAGAGCGGAUGGAGAUGCGCAAGCGGCAGAUGUCCACGACCCAGGAGACCCCGGGCACUGCACAGGCUCAGCACAGCGCGGGCAAUCGAGGGUCCAACGCCUGCUGCUUUUGUUGGUGCUGCUGCUGCAGCUGCUCAUGUCUUACUGUUAGAAAUCAAGAGGAGGAGAGAACAAGGAGGACAUCCCAUGAACUCCAAGCAGAGGGUAUUCCAAACUGUGAAGAAAGCCCUGCUCCUACUCUUGAAGAAGUAAAUGCCUGGGCUCAAUCAUUUGACAAGUUGAUGUUUACGCCAGCCGGCCGAAAUGCUUUUCGUGAGUUUCUACGAACAGAAUUCAGUGAAGAAAACAUGCUUUUCUGGAUGGCCUGUGAGGAACUGAAACAAGAGUCCAACAAAAGUGUCAUUGAAGAAAAAGCAAGACUAAUUUAUGAAGAUUACAUUUCUAUCCUUUCUCCAAAAGAGGUCAGUCUGGACUCCAGAGUAAGGGAAGUUAUUAACCGAAAUAUGCUGGAACCCUCACAACACACCUUCGAUGACGCACAGCUUCAAAUUUAUACCUUAAUGCACAGAGACUCCUACCCACGGUUUAUGAACUCUGCUAUUUAUAAGGACUUGCUUCGGUCCUUAUCUGAAAAAUCCAUCGAAGCAUAGGAUUUUUUUCUUAAAUGUAUUUAUUUUAAAACAAAUGGGACUCUGGGCUAUACCAAUCAACAGGGAAUUUAGUAUUGAUCGGAUAUUUACCUGAAAAUAACUCAGGCAAGUUUUACUACAGACUGAAUGUUUGAAACCCACACAGGGCUCUGACACAAUCAGCUAACUGCAGUUUCUGAUCAAAUUAAGUAUUACUUUGCAAAAGAGAAUGAAGAGAAGAUGUUAACGUUCAAAAAAAAAGAUCCCAGUAUUUUUACAAUGCAGCAUGCAACUCACACACAGAUCUCUUGUAAUGUACAUCUGAAGUACAAAUGCCAACUGAGCAUGAAGACUAACUUUUAAGUGGAGUGCCAGAAUUUUCUUGAAAGCUAAAUCAGUUGCCCCCAUCCACACUGUGACCAAAGUAAAAACAGUUGUACUGGCAAAAUCUGGUUUACACUGAACUGAGUUUCACAACCUAUAUGAAUCGUGCCUGGCACAGGUACACUCCACUUCUCUUGGUAUAUUUAAGGUGCAUACAAUGUGAUAAUGGAAAUCAGUAUGGCAAUCUCAAGUUUAUGGAAGCUAACAGUUGAAAUAAUGAUGCCUAUAAAACCUUUUGCUGAAAAAAUGUUAUUUUAUUACUAGAGUCUGCUGAAAGCAUUUUUAAGUUCAUAUUGUUCUUGUUUAUAAAGUUAAAUUAUUUAAUUAAGAGGAAGAAGAGUCUGGGCAUUUAAAUUCUCAAAUAAAGCACAAUUCUCACAUAUUUAUCUUCCUUCUGUAGGGAUGUAAAAAGCAUUUCACUAUUUGUUCCUGAAAGGAUGGUGGUAUCAGUCAUCUUGGUUUUGUACAUAUUAAAUUGUCCUGUUAGCUGA